CGCCGUGUGGCUAAUCGAUGAGUUUGUUCUGUCUUCGCGGUUCGAGUUUGCAAGCUUACCGUGGCAGCGAGGUUACGUUUUCGGAUUUAUUCUUUAUCCGUAUAGAUUUUGUGGUGUUCGCGUCGAUUGCGAGUAAAACGUUGGGAUGGAGAAGCGCGUUGAAUUAGAGAAAAGGGGAAGGAAUCCCGAGGAUAUCAAAGAACUUAAUUUGGAUAAUUCUCGAAGCACAUCUAUUGUGGGAUUAACAGAUGAAUUCUCCAACUUGGAAAGUUUGUCCCUUAUUAAUGUUGGCCUCACCUCCCUCAAAGGAUUUCCAAAAUUACCUAACCUCAAGAAAUUAGAAUUGAGUGAUAACAGGAUAAACAAUGGGUUGAAUCUGUUGGAAACAAGCCCAAAAUUAACGCAUCUGAAUUUAAGUGGAAACAAGAUCAGGGAUUUGGACACCUUGGAACCAUUAAAAAAUUUCAAAAAUUUGAAGAACUUAGAUCUCUUUAAUAAUGAAGUUACAACGGUUGACAGUUACAGAGAAAAAAUUUUUAAAAUGAUACCAAAUCUUAAGUACUUAGAUGGCUAUGAUGCAGAAGAUAAGGAGGCGGAUGACAGUGAUGCAGAGGAGGAAGUCAACGGAAACGAGGACGAUACUGACGAAGAAGGUACCUCCGAUGAUGAUGAUGAUCUGGAUGUCAGUGUAGGAUUAAGGGCUGUGUAUUCUGAAAAUCUCGAUGAGAUGUCUGAUGAGGGUGAUUAUGAGGCCGUAGAGGAAGAGGAAUAUGAUGAUGUUAUUGAGGAGGAGGAAGAGGAAGAUGAUGGCUCUGAAGAUGACGCACAGUCACCAAACGUCUCAAGAGGUAAGAAGCGAAAACUGGAAGAUGGUGAAGAAAAUUAAAGUGUUGCAAAUUAGUGAUAUGAAUAUUAUGAACUUUAAUGACCAAUGAUUGUGUCUCCAACAAGGUGAGAAGAGACUAUAUCCCUGGCUGUGGUUUCAUACUUUACAAACAUCAAAUUAUUGUUGGUGUAAAAUAUAAUAAUAAAUUACUAAAUUACAUAUUCUAAAUUUCGAAAAUUCAAUUUAUAACAGUGUUAUUAUUAUUGUAAAGUAUCCCUCUUAGCAGCCAGUUAUUGUUAAUGUAAGUCAAUGAUGGAAUAAUAUAUUUUGUACAGGAACUUAAUGUUCCCCUAUAGAUAUGUCAUAGUAGUUUAGAGUGUUUACAUAGCUAAGUUAUUUGUUUUUAUUUUUUAUGUUAUCUCCUUCAAAAUAUACAUUCUUACAUAGACUUUCAUCCACUUCUUUUGGGGCAUUAAAUAUGGAUUUGGAGUUCUAACACUAAUUUAAAAGUCUGCUGAUUGAUAUAUUUUUAAGAAACAGUACAAAAUGUAAAUUUUUAUAUUAAAAUUACAAGAAAAAUAUAGGAAAUCAGAUAUUUAAAUACCCCUUGAGGAGUUUUAUCAAAAUAUAUUACUAAUUGGGGAAUGGCUAUGGCAUUUUUAUUUUUAAAACUGUUUAUUUAGACAGAACAAGAUAGCAAGUCAUGUACAAUAAGUUUUUAAAAAUGACUGACAAUUUUUCAGAAUUUUUAACUUGAUUAGAAAUAAAUAUUUGUUUUUAAUAUAUGUGAAUAAAUUUAUUUUCGUAUGGUAAUAAAUAGGUUUAGAUGUCUUAUUUUUCAUUUAAAAUUUAUAAAUAAUUUAUUUAAUGUGAAUUUUAUAAAAAUCAAAAUUAUUGUAAAUAUGUAUUCUACCUCUGCUGACUGUUAUGUUUAAGAAAUUAUAGCAGUUUUAUUACUAUGUUUAAAGUUUGUUGAACAUCACAUCAAAUUUAAUGCUGAAUUCCUUAAUUAAUAGUAUUUGUUAUAAAUUUAUUAAAAAUCUAUUCUCAGAUUUUAGAAUAUUAGUUGUAGAUCAAUCAUUCAAUAUUGUUAGUGGAGUAUGCUAUAUUGUGUAAUGUAUUUUACUGUAUAUGACAAAAUAAUUUGCAUUCUCUUGUACUUUCAGUUAUAAUACACAUUUUUAGUAAAAUUUGAUUAUUUUUUACUUUUAUAGCCAAAUUUAAGAGAUAUGUCACAUAAAAUUAAAAUUUCGGUUGGUAUAUAAGGUUCUUUCAAAUAAAAUUUUGUUUUUUCUUAAGAAAUAUAAUGUAGCAUAUAUCGAAAUUAUAUGUAAACAAUAUGAACUAUUAUACAAUAAAUCCACAGGUGGAAAUUCCAACAAAUCUAAUAAACUAAAAUAAAAAUA